AUGAGCAAAUCCUUCACAACAUCUACAUAUUUUAAGAUUCAUCAGAGAGUUCACACUGGAGAGAAUCUUCACAGCUGUGAUCAAUGUGGGGCAGCUUUCACACUACAUUAUAACCUAAAAAACCAUCAACGCCUUCACACUGGAAAGAAUCUACACAGCUGUGAUCAAUGUGGGGCAGCUUUCAUACGACAGAAUGACCUAAAAAACCAUCAACGCAUUCACACUGGAGAGAGGCCAUAUAGCUGUGAUCAAUGUGGGGCAGCUUUCAUACGACACAGUGUCCUAAAAAACCAUCAACGCAUUCACACUGGAGAGAGGCCAUACAGCUGUGAUCAAUGUGGGGCAGCUUUCACACAACAGGGUAACCUAAAAACCCAUCAACGCAUUCACACUGGAGAUAAACCUUACAGCUGUGAUCAAUGUGGGGCAGCUUUCAUACGACAGAGUCAACUAAAAAACCAUCAACGCAUUCACACUGGAGAUAAACCUUACAGCUGUGAUCAAUGUGGGAAAACCUUUUCUCUUAGUAGUAGCCUUAAAAGACACCAGCUUAUUCACACUGGAGAGAAGCCGUAUUGCUGUCAACAGUGUGUGUCAACUUUUUCUCAGAGUAGUCACCUUAAAAGACACCAGCGCAUUCACACUGCCUCGUAGUGAACAUGUUUCAGAGCCAAGCUGUUUCCUCCUGCCUCCUCCUCAUGCCCUGAUAGCUGUGUUUUAUAUUCUGAUCUUCUCUCCACAUUGAAGGCUGACCAGCAGUAACUUGAUCUUCUGAACACCAUGGAUGUUAUCUUGGCCACGACUACAUAUUACGCGCCCUCCCUUUGAAGGGAUUAAUUCUCAAAAUUAGCUUUUGUUCCUGUAAUAAAAUAUUUUGAUUUCAGGGUUCAACUGCUAGCGCUAUUUAACUAAUGCUGCAACAAAGGAGUAUUUGUUCUUAAUUUUUGAUGUUUAUGUGAAAGAAAGCAACAUGGAAUAACCCAGAUAAAAAAAAAUUGUUUUACAAUAUUUAAUUAUUACAAAAGCGUUGAAUUUAAUAUCACUAUUGAUGUCGUUAAAGCCUAUUUUAGGGGUGAUGAAGCUACCCAAAACAGUUCCUAGGCUCCCCCAAAUAAUGUUUUAUUUAUAUUUCACGAACUGUCAGCUGGUGGAAAAUGCAGAGACGGAGGCUCAACGAGCGCCUGCGUGCACGUAACGGUAUGUGGACGAGUGAGGUAGAAAGUAACUGAAGAGAGAAGAGCGCCAGGCGGCAUAAAAAACAAAGCAGUAAAUCUGAGAAAUAAAACGUUUUCACCGAUUCCUCACUCGAAAUGUAACUGUAGCAAGCAUCUCACUAUCACUAACGUUUUCCAAAUUCCUAUUUAGAAACAACAAAUAAUAUAUACAGCUACAAAAAGGCGGAAAGUCAAAAGUUAGACAGAAUUACAAAGAGUCAAUGGCUAUGAAGACGAUACACCGUCUUGUCUCGUAUCAUUGGUGUAAACUGGCAGCUUUCAGAAAGCUGCGUUGCAAGUAGCUGCAGCAUUCAUCACAUUGCAAAUCUUUGGCCUGAACUUGCUACUACUACUACUACUACUACUAAUACUACUACUACUAAUAAUAAUAAUAAUAAUAACUUGGAUUUAUAUAGCGCCUUUCAAGGUACCCAAGGUCGCUUAACAAAUAGGGGGGGAGGGGGGUUAUGGGUCAAAUCACUUAGUGAAAAGAAAUGUUUUGAGGUGCUUUUUGAACAUGGGCAAACAAUGUGUGAGUGGAAUUGUUAAGACUUUUACUUUCUUAACUUGAGCUAUGUUUCCUCGAGGUAAAGAUAAAGAGAUAUUUUAGUUGGCUAUGGUAAACAAUAGUCUAGCUAGAGUGAAUGAAUGAAAUACAAGAACAAACCUAGUUAGCUAUCCGAAACUCUCUAUUCUUUGCCAUUAAGAUAGCCUGCUAUCUCUAUAGUAUUAAAAACAAUAUCAGUCCCCACAGAAUGUUGUCACUGAAAACUAAAUUUCAUAGUGUCACUGGUAAUGUUAUUGUACCGUUAUAUCAUUCAGCAGAUGGACACUGGAAUAUAUUGAGAGAGAGAGAUGUCAGGGCAGCUGAUUCUGAGGGAAGCAGCUUGAUUGAGGUCAGUAACGUUAGUGGUCUACAGCAAUGGUUCUCAAAGUGUGGUCCAGGGACCCCGCCAGGGGGUCCCCCAGCAAAUUAUUUUCGCUAUAAUUCCAUCCAUAAUUAACAGAUUGUUUCAUAGAUUUAUUCAUAGACUCAUUCAUAGUCUCUGUAAUAAAACAUCUAAAAGCAAAAAUCCUAUGAGAUGACAAAAUCUAAGGUAUAGCCUAAAAAUAAUUAGGCUAUGCCUAAAACAGCUGGUUGGAUUCAGGGGGAAGUUUAAGAGCUGAAGAAGGCUGUGGAAUUUGGUCAAAAGCUCCAAAUGAGAGAAUGUGAGCUUUGUGUUGAGAAUGAUAUGUUAAAGAUG